CGCCAUCAUGGCUGACAACGCGCCGCAGCCCGACGCGCCCGCCGGUCCCGCCAAUGACUCGACCACCCGUGGCAUGCCCUACUACGAGAAGCUGCGCCGCGACUUGCGCGAAGCUCUACAGAAGAAACGCGCCAUCGACAACGCCUUGAACAACAUCGAGGACCUUGUCUUCAAGACCGAAGAGCGCUACCUCGAGGAAACGAGCGGCGCCGGGAACAUUGUCAAGGGCUUCGAAAACUACAUCAAAGGCUCGAGCAUCGCCGGAGCGGGCGUGGGAGGCGCUGGCACAGGCGCGCGCAGAAAGACAGCGAUCAGUGACGUCGAUCGGAUCUUCAGCCGGAGCUCUCAAGGUCUUUUUUCUGAUUCACCUGGCCCUGGAUCUGCCCAGCUCACUCCAUCAAAUGCUCCAACCCCGACGUCCUUCCCCAGCGCUCGUGAAAGCAACCACCCCACGCCCGGCAGCACCGCAAGCAAGGCUACCAGCAGUAAAAAGAGGGCGGCGAAUAAGGACGAGGAGGAUACCGAUGGCAAACCGGCGACCAAGAGAGGCAAGAUCACGUAUGGCAGGGAUUAGAUGUGAAACUUCGACUGGCGGUUAAAUUCUGGCGUUACUGAGUGCGGCGUUCGGGCGAGAAAUGGUGUGUAUAUUCAUUGAGGCGAUACCCCGAGGCAGAUCAUGGGAUUACUAUACCACUGUCAAGAAUUCAUGUAUGGAUCUAGAGCGCAAGAUUUUUUCGCCCCUGCCUAGAAAAAAGCAUUGCCACUUUUUUUUUUUUUU